UCCUUAUGCUUUCGGAAAACAGCAGUACCUGGCAGACCAACAAAAAUAGUUACAAAUCAAUUAAAUUUGAACUGUAAUUACAUACCUGAUUCGAGGUGUUUUUCUUUGGUAACCUUUCCAGGUGGUAUCCCAGUUCUUCUCGUUUUUCUAGCACCAUGAUUUCCUCCGGAGGAAAGGUUUUCGAAUCGGAUCAAAUUUUAUUUUCAUUUGUGAAAUGUCAACAAACUUUACACAGUGAACUUCGUUUGUUUAACUUAGCAUUAAACGGUAGAUUUUUUUCAGUGCAUAUUUGCUCUCGCCCCUUUCUUGUGAGCAAAUUUGGUGAUUUUGUCGGUCCCGACGGCAACGGCCCUAUUUUGCUCACCUUCAUACUAACCCCCGGUGCGGUAUGAAAGUGAUCAAACCCGUGAGCAUUUUCACUUUGCUCGCGAUUGCUGCGGAUGCCCUGAAAGAGAGUGCAAUUUUUUUCGUCGGCUCCCCAAAUCAGUGCGGGGAGAAAUAAAUCGCACUGAAAUCUAACAGUUAUAUGUAACUUUGAGGCUGAUCGUUAUUUCGAAUUAUAAACUUAAACUUAAACCAACGAGCAAUAAUUGAAUUUAAAGAACAUUUCUAGCGUAACAUUUCAAAAGGGCGAAACUAGCAGUUUGCUCGAAACGAGAAAAACGCGUUUGAAAAUUCGGAACACCUAUUCAAAUCCUAUUUAAAAAAUCGACCACUUUUUGUUCAACAACAUUAAACAAUGUGUUUUCGAUCAAAUGAAUUACACAGUGUCAAGUAAACAUAAGACACAUUACAACACAAACUUGUAUUAAUUCCUGAUCGGUGCAGUACCGAUCAAUUCCCUCAUUGUUCGAUGGUUAUCAAGAACUUUAACUUCUUUCGCUUAUUAUCAAAGAUUUUCGAGUUUCGCCCUUUUAUUGUUUUCGAUUCCAGUUACGCUUGCAAGUUUCGCCCAAUUGAUCGGCCGUUUUUGUUUUGGUUUUGAAGUUUCGCCCAUAGAGUUGUUUUUGACAUUUCUUACGUACACUUGCUGAGCGUGUACAGAUGAGACGGGACAAUUAACCUCAAAAACUCUCGGUACAAAAAACGGGCAGCCGGCCGACGCACAUGGUAGUUUUUGAGGUUGAUUGUCCCAAUACUGAAAAAUGUUGGUGAAACAACCAGCACAAUAUCACGAACACUACCAGCGGCGAAUAGGACUAUUCGUCCUACACGCAAAAACUAAUUAGGCCGUUUUGUCACACACGGUCAACUCAGUUACGCCUAUUGGCCCUACACGAAUAGAAAAAUUCACUCCAUUUUGAAUAGGCGUAACUUCACGUUCCAACGAAAAUGCAUCAACAGGAAGUUUCGCCCAAUUGAAUUUUAUCAAUUUUUUGAAAGUUUUAAGUAAUUUUAAAAUGGAACCGCGUUAAAAAGGUAAAGUGCAACGCGUACAUGCGGAAUGACCGUUAACUCGAUUUGUUUACAUUUGGCAGUUUCGCCCAUUUUAAAUGUUACGCUAGAAAUGUAAAAUUCACCGAGUCUCCAAAACUCACCGCUACGUAAAAUUGAACGAACUUCAAAGUAUGUACUUUUUACGGUUCCAAGUUCAUAAGAUUUUCUUAGCGUACAGCGAUGACCAUUUUCAAUCAGUUUUGUUUACCGAUCGUGAUUGCAGGCGUCGACGUCGUGAUCAUUUGAAAAAGUUGUGUUAUUUUUCUCAAAAAUAGUUCUAGGUUUAUUUAGCAUCUAGCUUAUCCAACUGCUAGUGCCGCUAGUACAGAAUGCCUAAAGUACGCCGCAGCCGAAAACAACCUCCGGAAGGAUGGGAAUUGAUUGAACCAACACUGGAAGAAUUGGAACAAAAAAUGCGAGAAGCUGAAACGGAGCCGCACGAAGGUAAACGGAUCACCGAAUCCCUGUGGCCCAUUUUCAAAAUCCACCACCAAAAGUCGCGCUACAUCUACGAUUUGUUUUAUCGGCGGAAGGCUAUCAGCAGGGAACUUUACGAGUACUGCUUGAAGGAGAAAAUAGCGGACGGGAAUCUGAUUGCCAAGUGGAAGAAAUCCGGCUAUGAAAACCUGUGCUGCCUACGAUGCAUCCAAACACGGGACACCAACUUCGGCACCAAUUGUAUCUGUCGGGUGCCAAAAUCCAAGCUGGAAGAGGGUCGGGUGGUAGAGUGUGUGCACUGUGGCUGCCGAGGAUGUUCCGGUUAAGCGAGAGUAAAUGUUGAACGUAGGAGUUUCUUUUUUUUUUUUAAUUUUCGACUUACUAUUUCGAAUGAUUUCCUGAAUAAAAUAUUGUGACAAUUCCAGA